AUGGAAUCACAUAAACUUCACCUUCAAAAAGUACUCUCUGUCCUGAGACAACAUCAGUUACAUGCCAAGUUAUCAAAAUGCUAUUUUGCACAAACUGAAUUGGAGUAUUUAGACCAUAUCAUCACAGCUCAGGGUGUUGUAGCUGACCCUGCAAAGAUCAGUUGCAUGACUUCUUGGCCAACUCCCAACACUAUCAAGGCAUUAAGAGGGUUCUUGGGCCUAACUGGCUACUAUAGAAAGUUUGUCAGGGCUGCUGAAGAGGCAUUCAACAAACUUAAAAUGGCAAUGACAACUACUCCUGUGCUGACACUUCCAGAUUUUUCAAAGAAGUUUAUCCUAGAAACAGAUGCUUCUGAUUCUGUCAUUGGAGCUGUAUUGAUGCAAGAUGGCAGACCCAUAGAUUUUCAUAGUAAACCAUUGGGUCUCAAAGCUAUGGGAUUAUCAAACAUAUGA